AUGAGUUUUGUUUCUAAGAAACCUGUUAAAGCUAGAAAAAUUGUAUGUCAAUAUUACCCUCCUGCUCUAGGAUUAGUUUAUAAGUAAGAAUGUUGAACUAAAGAAGACGACCUGACAAUAAAACUAAAAUGUAUAAGAUAUAAUUUAAUGAGAUGGUUCAAAUCAACGAUGCAGAAAAAAUUACAUCAUUUUUAUAUGAUUAGCAUCCUUUACAUUUUAAUGAAUAAAAUGUUCCUUAUGAACAAAUAUUUGAAAUUGUACAACUCAUUCUAUCAAAUUAAAAAUUUAUGAAAUCAAGUUCUUUAUCUUUUAAGAAGAAAUAAUCACCAUUUACAUAUAAUUAAGCUUUUUCUGAUGAAGAAGUUGACUUAAUAUGA